AUGGGUGAGAAAGCAGGUGCAGGUAAGUUUUUCGAAGAAGACAUGGGUGACAAUGAACAUGUUUAUCCCGAAUUGCCAAACAUUUUCAAUGAUAAGCUCAAUUGGAAGGAGCAGGAACCUGUUUUAAGUAUGAGGUUUGAAAGUCCUAAGCAAUUGAAACACAUGCUUUGUAACUAUGCUGUCGCGAAUGGUUAUCAAUUAUGUUUUGUUAAGAAUGAUACUAGACGAUUACUUGUCAAAUGUUGUGAUGGCAAAUGUACUUUUAGGCUUUGGGGUUCUUGGAUGAGUGAAGAUAAUUCUUUCUAG